AUGAACAAUAUCAUUUCGGAAACAAAUGAUAAAAGUAGUCAUGACAACAUGCAUGAUACUUAUUUGUAUUAUCCUAAUUUUAAAAUGUUCAUAAGUGAAAAUAAUAAUAAUAAUAAGAAUAAUAGGAUUCAUAAUAGUAAUAUCAGUAAUAAAUCGAAUGAAGAAAAUUUUGAAGAGUCAAGAAAAUAUAUACAUGGGGAAAUAACAAAAACACUUAAGGCUAACUCAGUUAAGAUAAAUAGAAUAUCUUUGGAUAGCCAUGCAGAAAAUAAUAAAAAGGAAUAUAUAUAUAAUGAGAAUAAUAAUAUUAAUAAUAUUAAUAAUAAUAUUGAUAAUAAAGAAAUAAGUAAUAAUAAAAAUAUUAUUAUUAAUAAUUAUAGCAACAUGAUGAAACUUAAUAAAUAUAUGACAUGCAAUGAUAAAAAUAUUGGUGCUAUCGAAAAUGAACUUGAUAAUAAUUUAUGUCGACAUAAUGAGAAUGAGAAAAAAUAUGAUAUGGUAAAUAAUAAUAAUAUUAUAAAUAAUUAUGACAUGUUGAAUAAUAAUAAUAAUAUUUUAAAUAAUAAUAACAUGCAUAAUAAUAACAUGCAUAAUAAUAAUAUUAUUAUUAAUAAUAAUAAUAAUAAUAUGAUUAAUAAUAAUAAUAUGCUGAAUAAUAAUAGCGUGCAUAAUAAAUGUAAUCAGGUUUAUGAAAAUAAUAAUGUAACAAAUAAUUCUUUCUUAAAUGGAAGAACGGACGUUUUGCCUAAUGAGUUAUUUUUAGAAGUUACCAGAAAUGAAAAUUUUGUACAAGAAUGUAAAAUAAAACAUAAUAUGGACAAUUUUGUUUUUAGUAAUGAUGAAAUGAUAUAUAAAACGAUAAAUGGUAAUAAUAAGUUGUGUGACAUAUAUAAAAAUAAUAAUAUGGAUAAAAACAAUAAUAAUAAUAAUAAUAAUAAUAAUAAUAUGUAUGAACAUGAAAUUAGUAAUAAUAUAAAUAACUUGAAAAAUAUGAAUAUUAACUUAUAUCGUAUGAACGAAUUAAACCAUGCAACAUUUAUUAAAACAAACCAAUCUAAUUUUAUAAAGGGAAAUAAUAAAGAAUGUAAAAAGGAAACUAUGAAUAAAAUUAAAAAGGUUGAUAUCCAUAAUAAAAAUUAUAAUAAUGAUAAUAUUAAUGAUAAUGAUAAUAUUAUUAUUAAUAAUAAUAAUUAUUAUAAUGAUAAUAUUAUUCGAAAUAUAACGUUUAAGCAUGUUGAUAAUAAAAAUGAUGUAAAUGAAUCUAUUGAUUAUAAUUUAUAUAAUGAAGCUUUUAUGGACAUGAACAUAUCUUAUAAUGGACUUAUGAAUAAUAAUCUUAAUAAUGUUAGCAUGCAUAACAAUAAAAAUGACGACUACAAUAUUAUGAACAGUAAUUAUAAUAUAUACAUGUAUAAUAAGAACAAAAAUCCCAAAAAACAUUAUUCGAAAAAAUUGUUUACUGAUAAGAAUGAAUAUUCAAACAUGAAUAUAAUGGAAAAUGAUUGUAAUAAAUAUAAAAAAUAUAAUAAUUUGAAGGAUAACUUUUAUAUGAAUAACAAUUAUAAAAAUAUACGUACAAAUAUGGAUUAUAUAAAAAAUAAAUCAGAAUAUUUUAUGAAACCAGAUAUGAAAGAUAAACGUUAUGCAAAUAAUAAUAUGUAUGAUGAUUUUUUUACUAUUGAAAAUAUGGAAAAAUGUGAUGAAAAAAAGGAUUACUUAAAAAAUGAAGAAUAUAACUACAAUAUGAAUUGUAAUAAUAGGUUAACAACAAAUGAAACGUACAAUUCUGGUACAUAUAAUAGUGGUAGUUAUAACAAUACAAGUUUUCAUAGUGCAAAUAUUAAUAACAAUUCUUAUGAUAAUAUAUGUUUUAAGAAAUCUAAUUAUAAUAAUGGAAUGUUUAGUAAUGCUACAUAUAAUAAUUAUACGUAUAAUAAUGCAAUUUUUUCCAAUAAUGUUUAUAAUAAUAAAACAGCAACAAAUAGUAUUCAGAAUAUUAAUAUUCAUGGUAAUAAUAAUAUUCAUGGUAAUAAUAAUGUUCAUGGUAAUAAUAAUGUUCAUGGUAAUAAUAAUGUUCAUGGUAAUAAUAAUGUUCAUGGUAAUAAUAAUUUUGACAUAUAUAUUCCACCUGCCCCUUUUGAUAGUGCUGAUAAUAUUAUUUCAAACAACAAAAAGAAUAUAAAAGAUAAUUCCUUCCAGGAUGGAAAGCAAAAAAAGAUAUUUAACAGUUUGGGUGAGAAUAACAAUUCGGUAUUUAAUAACUUAAACAAAGAGUAUAUACAUGGAAAUAAUAUGAACACCUGUUUAAUGAACGGAGUUGUGCAUAACAAGAAAGGUAAGGAAAAGAAAAUUCUUUUUCAUGAUAUGGAAAUUAAUAACAAUGAAAAUAACAUGAUGAAUGAGAAAGUAAUGGAUAGUCCUUCUGAAUCUAAUACAGGCUUGUUGAGCAGUUUCGAUUUUAGGUCUCAUUCGUCUUAUAAUAAAUAUAAUGAUAAGGAACGUAAUAAUAAUAAAAAUAAAAUGAGUAUUAAAGGAAAUUAUAAGAUGAAUAGUAUACUGAAUAAUCAAAUGAGUCAUUGCAUUGAUGUUGAUGAUGAUGAAACAUUGACUAAAAGCAACAAGAGUCAUAAUAUUUUAAAUAACAAUGGUGUUAUAAUAAAUAAGAAGGAAUGUGGAAAUUCAAAUAAUUUUUUACCUACGGACAAGCACACAUACAAUAAGAAUUUUAUGGAUAGUUAUGAUAAUAAACACAUUGAUAUCAUUAAUAAUAAUUAUGAUGAAAAUGGUUAUUAUGAUGGACAUAAUAACUAUGAUGAAUAUAAUAACUAUGAUGAACAUAAUAUGCAUGAUGGAAAUAAUAUUCAUGAUGGAAAUAAUAUUCAUGAUGGAAAUAAUAUUCAUGAUGAACAUAAUAUGCAUGAUGGAAAUAAUAUUCAUGAUGAACAUAAUAUUCAUGAUGAACAUAAUAUCCAUGAUGGAAAUAAUAUCCAUGAUCAACAUAAUAUUCAUGAUCAACAUAAUAUUCAUGAUCAACAUAAUAUCCAUGAUGGACAUAAUAUCCAUGAUCAACAUAAUAUCCAUGAUGGACAUAAUAACUAUGAUGACAUUAUAACAAAUCACACAAGUAAUAACUUUUUGAUUGGUGAUUCCAUUAAUUUUGAUAAUAAAAUAGAUAAUGAUAAUGAACUACAUAAUGGGAAAGAAGAAAUAGAAAACGGAGGGGAAAUUUUACCUGAAAAUAAAGAAUAUGUAAUAAAACUCUUUUUUGGAAAUUUAGCUCCUAUAACUACCGAAAAGGACAUGCACAAUUUAUUCAGCAAUUUUGGUAGAUGCGAUUCAUUAAUUAUAUUAAAAGAUAGAAGAAGUAAAUCACGAGGCUCUGGUUUUGUUACUUUUUAUAAUAGGGACGAAGCAGUAAAUGCCAUAAAAUGUUUAAAUAAUAAAAUAAUUUUAUCAGGUGCUCAUAAACCUUUGGAAGUUCGUUUUCCAGAAAAUAAAGAAGAAAAGAAAAUAAGAACCAAAUUAUUAAAUGCAGCAAAAUGGAAGGGUAAAAAAAUUGCGCCUAGUGGAUGUUUACCAAUAAGUACCGAAGAUAUAUUAAACCAAUCAUCCUUAACAAUGAAUAGUACAAAUAAUAUAUCCAUUUUAAAUGCGAAUGAUUCGUAUAAUAUGUUUUCAGAAAAUGAAAAUACUGUAGUAUAUGAUAAUAAAGAUAUGAAUCAUUAUGAUAAUACAAAUAUAAAUCAUUUAAAUUGGUCAGAGCAAUUUUCGGAGUUAUGUAAAACCACUAGUGAAACAACUUCUGAUACCUUAAAUAAUGAUUAUUUUAAUAAGAUGGAAGAGGUUAAAAUGGGUACUUAUAAUCGUACAUAUCGAAAGGUACCUCAUGAGAAUUACACUGACAAUAUGAAUAUUAAUUUAAUGUUACCUGGAAAUUUGGGUGAAUUCCUACCCAAAUUUUUAAUAGACAAUAAUAUUAAUAGUGGUAAUAAUGUAGUUUCGUUUGGAAAGAACAAAGAUAUUAAUAAUGUUAUUCAGAAUAAUGAUAAAAUGUAUGAUAAUAUGAACGAUAACAUGAAUGAUAACAUGAAUGAUAACAUGAAUGAUAAUAUGAACGACAAUAUGAAUGAAGAUGACAAUAAUAAUAACAAUUAUUAUGAUAAUAACCUUUUGGAUAUGAAAAAUGAGACAAUCAUUAAUUAUUUAAGCAAUAAGGGAAAAAUAAUGGAUAAUAUAGUUGUGAAUAAUAUCGACAAUUAUAAAGAAAAAAUAGAAAAUUUUAAUGAAAGAUAUUAUGAAGAUGAUUUAAGUUUCUUAAACUUUCCAGGAACCAUAACAAGUUAUGAUAAAAACCAUCAAAGAGAUAAAAGAAAAAACUGUUUUGAAGAAUAUCUAGACAAUAAUAAUUAUUUUAUUGAUAGUAAUCUAAAGGAAGUUAUAGAAAAUAAUAUAUAUUCGAAUAUGGAUAAGGAGCAAAUUGACAAAGGUAUAGAACUAAAUAUAUCACCAAGUAUAAAUGUUAUAGUAAAAGAAGAAGGUGGUAGUUUGAUUCAUGAUAAGGAUAUAUAUAAAAAAAAAAAAAAUAAUGAUGAUAUAUCUAAUGGAUAUAAUAAUAUGAAUGUACAUCAUUUAGGUUUUAAUUUAUUUGAUUUAAUAAAAAUUAAUGAUGAUGUAUUAUUGAAAAAUGAAUAUAUAAAUGGUAAUUCGCUCAACCAUGAUAUGGACAAUAUAUCAUCAACUAAUAAUAAAAAAGAUAAUAAUAAUAAUAAUAAUGAUAGUAAUAAUAAUGAUAGUAAUAAUAAUGAUAGUAAUAAUAACGAUAGUAAUGAUAGUAAUAUGCAGAGUAAUAAAUCAAUAGAUGAUAUGAUACCUUAUGAAAAUUUGAAAAAACUAAAUGAUUUAUAUAAUUUCAAGUAUAAUAAUUUUUAUGAAGAAUCAGUCAAACUUUUAGGAACCCAUCUCACUGAAGAUAUAAGUUUAAAUAACCCUGAUGUAAAUUUUAAUAAAUAUGAUGAAUACUUAAAUUUAUACAAACAAAAUGAAGGAAAUAAAAAAACAGAGGAACAGGAAGAUCAAACAAAAACAAAAGAUGAACAAAGUAAUGAUCUAUUAUCCUUAUUACCUCAUGAUUUUAAUAAAGAAAACUUUUAUUUAAAUAUUAAAAAUAUGGAAAGAAAUAAUGAUAGUUUAAGUGAUGAAAUGUUAAAAAAUUUAAUCAACCUUUAUACAAAAAAUAAAUCAUCUAUAUUUACUUCACAUAUGUUUAGUUACCUAAAUAAUGUUCUUUGUGAAAUAAAUAAUGCAUUGGAAAUAUUCAACAAAUUUAAUGCAAAUAGUUCUAUCAAAAAUAAUAGUGAUAAUAGUACCAAGGAAUAG